AUGAAGGACGAAAUUGAUGGCGGAUUAAUACUCAUGCCUCUAUUGCACGUGGUUAUUCAAAAUCAACAGCAUUGGAGCGAUGUGAGCGAUGAAGCAGAUGCUGCAGAAGAAGAUCUUACAGCAUCAAUAAGCAAGGAGGCGUCGAUAAGGAGGCAGAAAGAAAGAAACGUGAGGAAUCCUCUACAAGCCACAGCCGACGCAGAAGACACUCUGGGCAUCGGAGAUCCAAGCAGUGGUGGUACUACCACUGCUGAGAUUUAUUAA